AUGACCCACUCUUGCUGCUCCUCUUGCUGCCAGCCUACCUGCUGCAGGACCACCUGCUGCCAGCCCACCUGCUGCACCACCUGCUGCAGGACCACCUGCUGCCAGCCCACCUGCAGUGGGUCCAGCUUCUGCCAGCCUUGCUGCCCCCCAACUCGCUGUCAAACCACCUGCUGCAGGACCACCUGCUGCCAACCAGCUUGUGUGACCAGCUGCCGCCGCCCUUCCUGCUGCAGCUCUCCCUGCUGCCAGCCCACCUGCUCUGAGUCCAGCUGCCGUGGACAAACCUGCACUUGCUCUGGACCCGUGUACUGCCGGAGAACCUGCUACCACCCCACCUGUGUCUGCCUGCCUUGGUGCCAAGUCCAGAGCAGUGGAUCCAGCUGCUGCCAGCCUUCCUGUUGCUGA